GACAGCAACAGCUCCGGUCGGGGAGGGGGGGGGCGAAGGGAAGGCAGCCCCCGGUUCGACGGGGGGGGGGUGAUGGCUCCCGAACUUUGCUCCUUCCCACCGCCUCGGCCCUGCUUUUGAGCAGGAGUUACCGGCAGGAUCCAGCGGAGGAGGAACCCCCGCCGGCGGAGGGAUGUCUUCUAGAAACAUGGCUGGCCAACACAUCCUUCCUCAAGCUUUGUAUCAGAGCAAUAUGCUGAAAGCCAUGAAGAUUAGAGAGAGGACUCCUGAAGAUCUGGUCAAACCCCCCAUUGGAGUAAUUCACCACUUCAGGACUAUGCACAGAUACACCAUAGAAAUGUUCAGAAUGUGCCAGUUUUGUCCUCAGUUUCGGGAAACACUUCAGAAGGCCCUGACAGACCAGGCCACCCAGACUUCGCUGGAGCGCCAGAGGAAGCUCAACUGGUGCAUGGAAGUUCGGAGACUGGUCCCUCUGAAGACUAAUGGCGAUGGGAAUUGCCUCAUGCACGCUGCGUCCCAGUACAUGUGGGGCAUUGAAGAUAUCGACCUGGUCUUGAGGAAGACGUUGUUCAGCGCGCUCAGGGAGAUCGACACACGGAACUUCAAGCUGCGCUGGCAGCGGGAGGCCAUUAAAUCCCAGGAGUUUGUAGAAACGGGGCUCCACUACGACACCCGGAACUGGGAGGAAGAGUGGGAAUACCUCGUUGAAAUGACCUCCCCAGAAACAUCGGGGGCUCGAAACAGGCUUCCAUAUAAUGCGCUGGAAGAAAUCCACAUCUUCAUCCUCGCUAACAUCCUCAGGCGCCCGGUCAUUGUCAUUGCAGAUAAAGUGGUGAGAAGUUUAGAGUCAGGCUCCAGUUUCGCUCCUCUGAACGUUGGUGGUGUUUACUUGCCUCUCCUUUGGCCAGCUGAAGAGUGCUAUCGAUACCCAAUUGUGCUCGGCUACGACAACAUGCAUUUUACACCUCUAGUGACUCUGAAGGACAGCGGGCCAGAAAUCCGGGCUGUCCCUCUGGUCACCAGUGAACGAGGCAGAUUUGAGGACUUGAGCGUGCACUUUCUGACAGACGCGGAGGAGAGGGAGAAAGAGCAGCUGCUAAAAGACUACUUGAUAGUGAUAGAAAUUCCAGUGCAAGGCUGGGAUCAUGGCACAACCCAUCUAAUCAAUGCUGCAAAGUUAGAUGAAGGCAACCUACCCAAAGAAAUAAACCUGGUGGAAGAUUACUUCCAGCUGGUGCAGCACGAGUACAAGAAGUGGCAGGAGAACGGCGAACCCGCUAGAAGGGAGACCUGCUCCAGGAACAGGCAGGAACUGUCCCUCUCCCAGCUCUCCCUCUUACAGGUGAAAUGUGAAACGCCCAACUGCCCUUUCUACAUGUCCGUGAACACCCAGCCCUACUGCCACGAGUGCUUUGAGCGGAGGUCCCAGGCCGCCAAAGGCAGAAAGCAGACCUCCAAAGCAGCACCCGAGAAACUGAAGGCAUCUGGGUCAGGUUCCUCCUCCCGCGGGGACCUUUGCCAACCUGGGGGAUGGACGUCCGAAGAGCCCGUGACAGGCCCUCGCUCCGCACCUCCGACUGCUCCGAGCCUUUUCCUGUACAGCGAGACCACGGCCAUGAAGUGCAGGACACCAGACUGCCCCUUUACCUUGAACGUGCAACACAACGGGCUCUGCGAGCGCUGCUACAACUCCAGGCAGCUCGGUCCGUGCAACAACUUGGACGACGGGAGGCGUUUAGACCAUGCCACGUGCAAGGUGUGCCGUCAGAAGGCCAACAGGACCUUCAACGGCACGUGCAGCGCUUGCUUCAAAAGGACUACAGAGCACCCUUCGAGCGGCAGCCCCGCUUUCCUGCCCACAUGCCAUCAGAGGUCCACGUCCGACCCCUCCCAGAUCUCCCAGAGCCUCCUCCAGCACUCCUGCCACCAGCCUCCCAACAUCCAUGGUGAGGAACCCCCGCCGGCCGUCCUGCCUCCCGAGGAGAAGAGGGGAGGCAACCUCUGCAGGAAACCCGGCUGCAAGUUUUUUGGGACGGCGCAGAACGAGGGCUUUUGCACACUCUGCUUCUUCGAGUACAGGGAAAACCACGACAGCACUUUGCUACGCCACCAGAGGAGAUCUCAGAGGAAGUCCUCAUCGGCAGCAGCUCAGCUGGGAACCUCCGCUGCCGCCUUCCGUAACAGCGUGUCCUGCCAGCGGCGUGACUGCGGCACCCUGGGCAGCACGAUGCUCGAAGGGUACUGCCAGAACUGCUUCAUUAAAGCCCAGAACCAGCGGUUUCAGGAAGCCAGGAGGACAGAAGAACAGCUGGUGAGACAGCCAGAAAGAACGGGACAGCACAGAGAUUUGCCGCGAGCGGCGUUGAGUAGCCAGAAGAGACAAUGUGCUGUGGCUUCGUGUAGAAACAACCUGGCCAGCAGAAGUGAUGACUUGUACCCGGAGUGCCAGCGCCUCCUCGGUGGGCAGCUUCCAACCUCGGGGGGUACCAGGGACCCCCCUGCGGAGGAACCCCCGAAGCAACGCUGCCGAGCCCCUGCUUGCGACCACUAUGGCAAUGCCAAGUGCAACGGCUACUGCAACGAGUGCUACCAGUUCAAACAGAUCUAUGGCUAGCAGAGGGGAGGAGCUGGGACACAACCAGAAAGCCAGACCAGCUACUUCUUUCACUCAAACGGUGCUAUGUCCGAAACACUUAACAGUCCUGGGAGCGGGAGGGCCCAGGGGGCUGGGGUGGGGAGGGAAAUAUAAGCUGCCUGCUCAUCUUUGUGUUUAUUUCCCUGUCAUGGGAAUCAACGUCUACUUCCUCUAAACACUGCGUACAAGGACUGCUGAGAAGGGCAGGUUGCCUUCUGCACAGAGCUGUCGUUCGUUGACUAAGCUCCUACAAUGCCGUAUUUAAUUCUUGGACUUCCCAGGAGGAAGUGUGAAGCAUUUGAAUCCAAAGAACUUCCCGGUUCUGCCUCUUUUUUGCUUUUUUUCCCUCAAAACCUCCCCCUGCUCCCGGCCGAGGAGCCGCAGCUACUGUUGGAGGUGCAGGAGCUCUUUGUGUUUGCCUGCACCCGUCAGAGGUGAGUCUUUCCUGAGAGGGAUCCCCCAGGACAGGCUGAUG